UCAUCGCUUAUUAUAUGCGAAAGGAAGAUAGAAUGACGUUUAAACUACGUCCAAAGCGAUCGUAGCUUAUGCUAUACAUGUUUUUAAACAUGGCGUCGAGGUAACUCGUACGUCCUUUUGAGUGCUCUCUCUCAUAAUUCUUUGUGUAUAAUCGACAAAAAAUUGAAAUGUUCUUUAAAUAUUCCCAGAUAAUACUUGUGACACACACAUAUAAAAAAUCUGUCUUGGUUCUUAAAGACUUAUUAUACAUUAUAUGAGAUCAGAAUAAAUAUUAACAACAUGAAGAAAUAUUACCAAGCUGUUCUUGUUAUAACAGCAGUGAUAAGCCUCAUAUCCUUGCUCAUCUAUAGGCAUCAAUACAAUAAGCUGAGAUAUGUCCUAGAAGUUUUUAAUUACUUUGGCAAAUAUGAACCAAGAAGAGCCAAUAGCAGUUGUAUAAACUUUAAUUCAUCAUUUACUGCAUUCAAUUACAAAUUCGACGAACCGAUUCCUUCUUGGCAACGUCUGGAAAAUGAUUUGUAUAUAUAUUCUGCGUAUGAUAUUAAUUACCAGUCGUAUAAAGAAAUACGAGCAGUUGGAGUUGGGAUUGUAACUAGUAUCUUAAAUAUGCAAUGCCUUAUUUUCUUCGAGAGUGAAAGUAAACCUAUAUUAGGAAAUUUUAACUUUAUACCCAUUACUAAGUACUCUACAACUGUGAAAGAUUCAGCGUACAGAGGAUAUCAUUUUGUUUGCAUGUACAGUAGCAAUGAAACUCCUACUGGAAUAACAUUUGUCACCAAAUCUAAUAGAUAUCUCAAUUAUGCACCUAUUCUUCCUAUAAAAACGCUACCACAGAACCUGAGUAAUGAUGGCAAGAUGAGUGUGUGUGUGAUGCAGCCAACAGUGAAAUCAAUACUGCCUAAUACAAAGGAUAUGAUGGGUUUUAUUAGUUUUCAUACAUUGAUUGGAAUGGAUAAUUUUAUUAUAUAUGAUAAUGGAAUUCCGAACAAAUUUAAUAGCAGAUUAAAGGAAAUGGCCAAUGAUCCAUCUUCCUUUCCAAAAUUUACAUACACUGUUAUACCAUGGAACUUUCCUUUUACGGAGAUCGAUGAAACGUUCACGAAAGAAAUCGCAGUUGUAGAUUGUUUAUAUCGUUCAUAUAACAGUGUCGCUUACUCUAUUAUUCUUUCGUGGAACGAGUAUAUAGUUCCAAGAUAUCAUCGCACAACGAUCGAUUUGAUAUCAGACGUCAAGAAAACCGAAUCUACAUUCGAUCGUUAUGGACUAAAAGUUAAAAACUUUUGCAUGCAACAGUCUGAUGAUAAAAAGCAUGCAAAUUCUACACUGACGUUGUUUAAAAAAACAAAAUCCAGUACUGCUUCUAAAGAUCGAUUUGUUUAUAUAUAUCACCCACAUGAAAUAUUACAUGCGGAAUUGCAAAAUUAUCAGAAAAUACGUACUACGCAUGUAGGACAGAAUUUAAUUUCUGUAAAUCAAUAUAAAUAUUGCGACAACAAUAAAGAUAUGAAAAUUGUAGAAGAUAGCACAAUAUUCAGAUUUAUGGAAGAUAUGCAAAACUCAUGGAUCUUCAAGAAAUAUCAGGAAUCUUAAGAUAUGCUUUAUGAAAAUAGUGAUAUAUAUGGAUUUUGACAUAAUUGAAAUUAAUACUUGUACGAACUUAGAAGUUAGCUUGCAAGCCGAAGUGACAGCAUAUAAAUUAUCGACAAGUAUUUUUAUUAUGUUCUUAUUUGAGAUAAAAAUAUAAUAGAAUUCUAUGUUUACAAAGUAUACUGCCACCUCGACUUCUAUUUUAAUUAAUUAUUGUACAAAGUUGUCAAUAACGGCUCUCAAUUGUAACAAUGUGCUUCUUAUUCAUUGUGUCUAAAUUAUCUUGCAAUCAAGUGUACAUAUGCUAUAAAUAUUUCAUAAUUCUUUACAGUCUUUCAUAUAAGGUGCCUUAAUUAUACACACCAUAUAAAUGAGCUAAUACAAUAUACUUUACACAUUUUAGAUUAUAAGCUAUAAUAAAGCGUUUCUUGUUUUCAAUAGCCUUAAGUUCCGAUAUUCUAAUACUUAGAAUACAAUGAUAAAAUCGCAUGUACAUAUUUAAGAGAGUGUGAUACUUUUAUUAUAGAAAUUACCAAAAUAGUUGCAUACACUCAUAGUUAACGAGUGGAAUCAAAGACUGUGUUAGGCUUCAACAAUUUUAAAUAGGUAUAGCAGAAAGCUUGAUUAAACUUGUUUGACGCACAAUGAAAGAAAAAAAACAUAAUGAAAGAGGCAUUAUACUCCUAAUAAAAAUACAUAGAAACUUUA